AUGGCGCCUCUUGUGGCCUCGCAGGAGGAACUGGAGCGCAGAAGGCUUGUCAGUAUCAACCCCGAGACCGUCUCCAACAUCCCCUCCACAGAUUUUCCCGGUCACUGGCCCGGCGAGUCGCACGAAUGGGCGCUGGACAAGUUUAAAGAGGGCUUCAAGGUCGAAUUCCACCAGAACGAAAGAUUCGAAGCUUCUUUCUCGCUGAUCGGCCUCGAUGCCUCGAUCGCAAAUGCCUUCCGUCGCAUUCUCAUGGCUGAAGUCCCCAGCAUCGCUAUUGAGUUCGUUUUCGUCCACAACAACACCUCCGUCAUCCAGGAUGAGGUGCUCGCCCAACGACUGGGUCUCAUCCCGCUCAAGGGCUCCGUCGACGGCAUCAGCUGGAUGAGCUGGUUCAAGAAGCCGACCGAGGACGACCCGGAAGGCGGCAGCACCCCGAGUGAUUACAACACCAUCGUUCUUCGGCUGGAUGCGGAAUGCACUAAGAACCCCGAUGCCGACCCCAACGAGACCGAUCCCCGCAAGCUGUACAACAAUGCGCACAUCUACGCCAAGGACAUCACCUUCCACCCCGUCGGUCGCCAGGAACAGUACUUCAGCGGCGAAGAUGCCAUCCAGCCUGUCAACCCGGACAUCCUGGUCGCUAAGCUUCGUCCCGGACAGAAGCUGGAUAUGGAAUUGCACUGCAUUAAGGGAAUUGGUGCUGAUCAUGCCAAGUUCUCUCCUGUCGCGACUGCGACCUACCGCUUGUUGCCGGAUAUCCAGAUCCAGCGCCCCAUCAUCGGAGACGAUGCGAAGAAGUUCGCCAAGUGUUUCCCGCGCGGCGUCAUCGGCCUGGAGCCCGUCACCCGAGAAGAUGUCCAGAAGAACAGCGAGUACGAAGGACACGAGGGUGAGAUGAAGGCCGUUGUUCGCGACGCCUUCAAGGACACCGUGAGCAGGGAAUGUCUGCGACAUGACGAGUUCCAGGGCAAGGUCAAGCUGGGUCGUGUGCGCGACCACUUCAUCUUCAACAUCGAGAGCACCGGCCAGUUCGAGAGUGACUACCUCUUCCUGGAGAGUGUGAAGGUGCUGAAGCUCAAAUGCGCGCGGUGGAAGCGCGGAUUGGCGGAUAUCGCGCGGUAA